AUGGGCCCCUGUACCGCCUCCUCAUGCUGCUGCCAGGCCCGUAAUCUGCCAUGGGCCCCCGUACCGCCUCCUCAUGCUGCUGCCAGGCCCGUAAUCUGCCAUGGGCCCCUGUACCGCCUCCUCAUGCUGCUGCCAGGUCCAGAGUGUGUCAUGGGUCCCUGUACGGCCUCCCAUUGCUGCUGUCUCCAUCGCCACACUCUGCCAUGUGCCACUUUCAGGUCUCCCCACACUGCUGGUGGGUUCCAUUUUUGUCAUAGGGUGCUGUAUGGCCUCCCAUUGCUGCUGCCUCCACCGCCACACUGUGGCUCCACACUCUGGUUUUGGCCCCGUGACUGCCCAAAUGAGUGAAGUGUGCGGUGAUUCUAAGAUCGACGGCACUCAUCUGCAUGUCAUACUGACUGACAGUAUUAUUUCUCUUCCCCAGCAGACUCCAAGGGCAUUUAAAUUAAAGGUACAGUGUUCUGCACUAAUAUGA